AUGGAAAAAGUUGAUUUGGUCCUAGUUGGGGCAGAAGGAGUUGUAGAGAGUGGUGGAAUCAUUAAUAAAGUUGGUACAUAUCAGAUGGCUGUCAUGACCAAAGCAGUAAACAAACCAUUCUAUGUUGUGGCAGAGAGUUUUAAGUUUGUUCGAUUGUAUCCACUUAACCAGGAAGACGUGCCGAAUCGUUUCAAGUACUCAGGAAGCUCGUCCUGUGUAGAUGGUCAUCCUGUGGUGGAUUACACUCCCCCGUCCUACAUUACUCUGCUGUUCACAGAUCUCGGAGUCCUGACACCUUCUGCUGUAAGCGAUGAACUUAUUAAACUCUAUUUAUGA